GAUGGGCCGCCGCCCAGUGCCCACUCAUAUGGGCGCUUUUCAGUUGGGAUUUCAAUAUGCCCUCCUCAAGCACGUAUGAAAGAAUCGCGCGUCUUUCUUCGCUAAGGGCUUUUGCGAGGCUUUUAAACCUCCUUCCGACUAUCUUUCAUCUCCCGUUCACCAAUGUCUGAGUCCAAGACUGAGAUGACUAACCUCGGUUCAUUCGAGCCCACCCUAGCCAUCGACCGUGACAAGCCCCUCACAUGGUGGAAAACACUUUCGAUCUUCUGGGACACAUUUUCGAGUACCGCCCUAAGUAGAUGUUGGCCUGCAUUGAUUGUCACUGGUAUCUGGUCGUCUUCAAUAUGCGUGAUUAACCAUUACACGCACGGAAUACUGUCGAUUCAGCCGACUCUUAUCACUGUGUUCGGUACCGUUCUCGGUUUCAUAAUAUCUUUCCGGACAUCAUCCAGUUUCGAGCGUUAUAAUGAGGGUGCAAGACUCUGGUCUUAUAUCGUGUUAAACUGCCGCAUCUUUGCUCAGACCGUGUGGUUUCAUAUCCCAGAUAACACUUUUCCGGCUUCCCAAAAGGACUAUCAUUGUCCGACUGCUGACGAAAUGACCAACCAGGACUCAGCGAAGACUCAGAAGGAAUACGCCAUGACCCUCAUUGAGAAGAAGACGGUAAUAAAUUUACUCGAGGCGUAUGCUGUCGCCGUCAAGCACUACCUGCGAGGGGAAGAAGGAAUUUACUAUAAAGAUCUUUACCCGCUUGUUCCCUUCCUCUCUUCAUCCCACUACUCGUUUCCUGCCGUUAUCCCUUUAAAAAAUGACCAAAUUCGGCAGUUACGCAGCAGGCAUAGACAUCACCCGAAUCGCGAUACUUCAGAGCUCUCUGGGGAUGCAGCCGUUGGUCCAACCCAAGAAAUGCCAGUGCCUGGGUCUUUGUCGAAAUCUGAUAACAAAUCAUUCUGGACAGAAACCACCAAAACUAUCGCACCGCCUCAUUAUGAUCCGGAGUCUCUUCUACCCGCCGAAUUACCUCCUAGGCGCCGCUGGCAAGCAGCUUUUCCAUUUCCGGUCUUCUUUUGGGUAUGGGGAAUUGUAAAGAAACAUUUCUGUAAGCUCAGAGCAGACGGCCCACAUCAACAUUUCCGCCCCAGUAAAAAUAAUGUCCCUCUGGAAAUAUCUCUGUACUUGACAUCCUACAUUGCUGCACUGCAAACCCGUCAAACCGUGAGUGACCCGACCAUAGGUGUGCUUUGCGCGACACUUAAUCAGCUCGUGGAUGCCCUGACGGGGUUAGAAAGGAUCCUUGCCACUCCUAUUCCGUUCUCUUACUCUUUGCAUCUAUGGACGAUCACAAUGCUUUAUAUUGCAGCUUUGCCCUUCCAGCUAUGGACCACACUUAAAUGGUUCACCAUUCCAGCGACUGUGAUUGCUAGUCUUGUUUUCUAUGGUUUUCUUGUGGCCGGGGAGGAAAUUGAAAGUAAGUCACAAAGCUAAGAUGUUGCGCUUAUUCAUUUAACGCAUGGUCUUAGAUCCGUUUGGCUAUGACAGGAAUGACUUGAACAUGAAAUAUUUAGUGGAGAAUAUUAUACGGAAGGAACUUCACGCUAUUACAACGACGCCGGCUCCAAACCCGGCAAUAUGGGCGUUCUCGAAAGAGAACAAUUUUCUUCAAGUUGGGCAAUAUUCGAAGGACGAUUCGGACAAAAUACCGACGGCUUGGGUUCACAAGGGGAAGGAGGAGAUUCUCAGCGCUUUGCAUGGGU